GGUAAAAAUGGCAACAAAGGAGGAGCUUCUCUCUUUGGGCCUCUCUGAUUCAAAAGUAGCUGAAACGCUGAAAAAUGUGAAGCUCACCGAAACGAUCGGUUCAAUUGUGAAGCUUGCGAGCGAGUCUGGCGAGAUUUCCAAGCAAAAAGGAACACUUUUGUACCAGUUGGCGACAAAGUUGAAGCCACAAGUCGCUGCUCACACUCCACUAGUUGUCAAGUAUAUUAUGAAUGACGGGAUUAAGACAGAGCCACAGCUCUCCGCAGCGAUCGAGUAUCUUCUCUCGCACACCGUUAAAGGUAUCCAAGUGCCUGAUUUCGAGAAAUCAUGCGGAGUCGGCGUUGUUGUCACAAUCGACGACAUCGAAGCGGCCGUUACCAAGGUGAUUGGCCAACACCGCGAGAAAAUCGUCGCCGAGCGGUACUCGUUCCCGGCCGGAAAGUUGCUCGGCGAGCUACGAGCUCUGCUUCCAUGGGCUGAUGGUGCGAUUACGAAGAAGGAGGUGGAUUUGAGAUUCUUGGAGCUGCUCGGACCGAAGACUGCGGAGGAUUUGGCUCCGAAGAAGAAGGAGAAGAAGCCGGAAGGCCCGAAACCUUCCAAAGACGCUGCCGCUGCCGCCACCGCUCCAGGAACCAAAAAUCAAAAGGAAGCUAGCCCCGAAGAAUUCGCUGAUGGCGCCGAAACCAUGGACGAGCUGCUCCGCACCCGUGCGCAUUUCCACAAAGUCGGAGAAAACUUCAAGCAAGACGGCUACGUGACCACUCCAAAAACCGCAGAGCUUCUCAAGGCUCACGUGGCGGCUGUCGGAGGGAAGGUGGUGACCCGAUUCCCGCCUGAACCAAAUGGUGUUCUUCAUAUUGGACACGCGAAGGCGAUUAACAUCAAUUUUGGAUAUGCUAAAGCUAUGGGUGGUGUGUGUAAUUUGAGAUUUGACGAUACAAAUCCGGAAAAGGAAGAGGAAAAGUUCUUCUCUGCAAUUGAGGAUAUUGUUCAUUGGCUUGGAUAUGAUCCGGCUAGAGUUACUCACUCUUCGGAUAAUUUUCAGCAGCUUUAUCUUUGGGCUGUUAAGCUUAUUCAGAAAGGACUCGCUUUCGUAUGCCAUCAAAAAGUCGAAGAAAUGCGCGGUUUCGAAGUUCAACUGAGCCCGUGGCGUGAGCGACCAAUCGAAGAGAACAUCCAACUCUUCGAAGACAUGAAAAAUGGAAAAUUCGACGAAGGAGAAGCCACACUCCGGCUCAAGUUGACACUGGAAGAAGGAAAAGUCGAUCCAGUCGCCUACCGUAUCAAAUAUGUUCCACAUCAUCGAACUGGAAAUCAAUGGUGCAUCUACCCGACCUACGAUUAUACCCAUUGCCUUUGUGAUUCAAUUGAAAAUAUCACUCAUUCUCUGUGCACCAAAGAGUUCCAGUCGAGAAGAAGCUCAUAUUACUGGCUCUGUAAUGCUCUAGAUAUCUAUUGUCCUGUUCAAUGGGAGUACGGUAGACUAAAUGUCAACUAUACUGUGGUCUCGAAGCGAAAGAUUCUCAAACUUAUCACCACAAAAACCGUCAACGAUUGGGAUGAUCCACGGUUGUUCACACUGACAGCACUCCGACGGCGUGGUAUCCCAUCUGAGGCGAUUAAUCGAUUCGUUGCGAAGCUCGGAUUGACAAUGUCACAGAUGGUUAUUGAUCCACACGUUCUUGACGCAACUGUUAGGGAUUAUUUGAAUAUUCACGCGCCAAGAACAAUGGCCGUGCUCGAGGGAUUGAAGCUGACAAUCGAAAACUUUUCCGAACUCAAUCUCCCAUCAUCCGUCGACGUUCCAGACUUCCCAUCUGAUCCGACUGAUCCACGAAAGCACUCGGUAUCCGUCGAUCGGGAGAUUUUCAUUGAAAAGUCCGACUAUAAGCCGGAUGAUUCGGACAAAUCCUUCAGAAGGCUGACGCCGAAACAAGCCGUCGGCCUGAAACACAUUGGAUUGGUGCUCCGAUUCGUGAAAGAAGUCAAAGAUGCCGAGGGUCACGUCACAGAAGUUGUGGUGAAGGCUGAGAAGUUGUCGGAGAAGGAUAAGCCGAAAGCAUUUAUUCAUUGGGUUGCAAAGCCUGUCUCGUGUGAAGUUCGGCUCUAUGAUAGACUAUUCAAGAGUAAGAAUCCAGAGGAUGCUCAACUAGUUCCAGGUGGAUUCCUGUCGGAUAUCAAUCCAGAUUCAUUGACAGUUGUCUACAAUGCUCUAAUUGAUCAGUCUAUUGCAAAAUCAAAGGUUUAUGAUAGAUUCCAAUUCGAACGCAUCGGAUUCUUCUGUGUCGAUCGUGAUUCGACGUCUUCAACGUUGGUCUUCAACCGAACUGUCAUGCUGAAAGACGGAGGAGCUUCUGGAAAGAAUUGAUCAUAAUUUAAUUUUUUUUAGUUUUUCGUUGGAUUUAUUUACUUGUUGAUAAUAUCAAUUUGCAUAUCUUUUGUGCGGCGGUGACAAUUGUAUUCAAAAAUUGGAAUAUAAAUUUAUUUAUUCGCAA